AUGAUUAAACCUAUUUUAAUAAUAAUAUUCGCCUCAUAUUCACACUUAUCGUCUGCUGAUAAAGGUGGCUGUUCCCCGCCAUGGAUUGCCAGCGACACAUACUGUUACUACUUCGGCAACAACCAAUCCGUAUCCUGGGCGGAAGCUAUGGAUGAGUGCAAUCUGAGACUUGGGCAGCUGCUGAGAAUAGAAUCGCCCACAGAGGCAGCUUUCAUCAAGAGUUACUUCAAACGUUACCCAGCUCCGGCGUAUUGGACAAUUCUCAACGACAUCGACCCGUCCGGAUUGAUAGACAAAGGCACUGGAACGUGGCUCUGGGGAACCGACGAGUACCCCAUCGACACUGUCUUGAAGUGGAACGUUGAACCAGACAACUCCAGGGACGAGAACUGCUGCGCCCUCAACGUGAAGGCAACGUUCAGCGACGAGCCGUGUUCGAGAAAACUGGGCUACAUCUGCAAACUGACUCUCCCCUCUAGUAAGACCUUUAUAGAGACUGUUCUCAGUGUGCUGCACUAUGGGUCGUGUCCAUUGUACUGGCUCCAGGGAAAACAGGCGGUUGACUGUUUUUACGUCAGCAACGUCACAGACCCCGCCCAACUGGUCACGUGGACUGAUGCUAAAGGAAUUUGUGCAAAGAUGCACAGCGAUCCUGGGGCAUCGGCACCAUUUCUACUGACCAUUAACAGUCAACAAGAUGCGACAUUUUGGACGAAGCGCCUGUUCCAGUCGUGGAGUGUAAAAUCUCCCAUGAAAUAUUGGACGGGUUUGAACGACAGACAGACGGAAGGAACCUACGUCUGGGAUCAUUCACCUGGAUCUACCACACAGUUCGUCAACUGGACUAAAGAACCCGAUAAUUUGGCGGGAAUGGAAAACUGUGGAGUAAUUCUGGACGAGGGUGUAUUUUCCGACAGAAACUGCAGACAGCAGAAUGGGUUUAUUUGCAGAAAGCCACAAGUAAAUCAACAAUACCCUGUUAAUUUCGGCUGCGGCGACUGGUUCCGGGCAGGCCAAAAAUGUUACUUGACAUUUGACAAGCCCAAGUCCAACUGGCUCUCCGCUAGGGACUUCUGCCGAUCUUUGGGCGGGGAUUUGCUGAAAGUGGAAAACAAGGAUGAAGAGCGCUGGCUGAAUGUCCAGUCUAAAACAGGUACCGUGGCCUGGGGUGGUCACUGGAUCGGUCUCAACGAUAUUGCCGCCAAGGACCAUGUCAAUGGAUGGGUGUGGGCAGACGGAACGAAAGCAGACACCAGUCUACUGAACUGGGAUUCGUCUCCAAACAACGUGGGCGGUACGUCUAGCUGCGCCGCCAUACUUCAAGACGGGGUGUACUCUGACGCAGAUUGCCAUCUGGCUAAGAAAGGGUUCAUUUGCAAAAAGGAUUACACAGGGACAUGUCCAGCUAACUGGAAAGUAAACGGACCAAGCUGCUAUUAUUUUAGCCAGAAGUGGACAACGUGGGUUGAAGCACUGGACAAAUGCAAACAGUUAUCGGGAGAUAACUCGGGCUAUCUCCUAGCUAUCACAAAUGCCAACGAAAAAGUAAAUUUGCAGUUCGAAUUUUAUGUUCAAAAGACUUGUCAAAAAGAUGGAGGGUAUAUAGCAAUUAUUUAA